CUCUUUCUUCCCUCCAGAUUCUGAAUCAACCACGGGCUUCCAAUUUUCGCCCGUCAUUCUAUGUAUUCAAUUGGAGCACACCCAAAAGAAAAAAUGAAUUUUGGUCAAGAAUUUACCGAGAAAUUUCUGCAUUUCUCUUGGGCAUCUGUUAGAGGAUCAAAGGAAGCAAGAAUCUGUCAAUAACCUUGUGAGUUUGUCGGCCAUUGAUGAUCAUAUCAAGGAAUUCGAACAGUCAGAUUUCGUAAUGGUUUGGCAAGAAUUGGCCAAGAAAUUUUGAGGUUCUUACCGGGCAUUUGUCAUCAGGUUGAAGGAUUUGCUGCUUCAACAAAUAUUUGUCUAGCAGGCCUGAGUUUCCAAAGAAAACAGUUUGUGAAAUCUUUGACUUCCAAUCUGGGUAUGGAACAACUAAGGCAGAUUGGAGAGGUAGUGGGAAGCUUGAAGGCUCUAAUGGUAUUCCGAGACGAAAUACAGAUCAAUCCACGGCAAUGCGGCUUGUUGCUUGACAUGUUUUGUUUCGCUUACGAAUCAAUUGCAGAAGAGAUGAGACAGAACCUGAGAUUCGAAGAGAAACAUACCAAAUGGAAAAUCCUCGAACAGCCAUUGAGAGAGCUCCACAGGAUUUUCAAAGAAGGAGAAAUGUACAUAAGGCAGAGCUUGGAAACCAGAGACCGGUGGGCUAAGGCCAUCACCCUCUAUCAAGACACUGAUUGUGUAGAAUUUCACAUCCACAACUUGCUCUGUUGCAUUCCAAUCGUCGUAGAAGCAAUUGAAUCCGCGGGAGAAAUAUCCGGGUGGGACCAUGAGGAGACACAGAGGAAGAGGGUCAUAUAUUCAAUGAAGUAUCAAAAGGACUGCAAAGACCCUAAAAUUUUCCGGUGGAAAUUCGGGAAGCAAUACCUGGUAUCACAGGAUUUCUGUAAUCGGUUAGCAGCUGUUUGGGAAGCAGAUAGAUGGAAUCUUCUCAACAAAAUCCAGGAGAAGAGGAAAUCCGGUUUGACAAAGCAUGAGAGGCAACUUGCUGAUCUACUUUCCAAGAAUUUGAACGAAUCAGAAUCAUUGAAUUGUAAACUCUUGCCGUGUUCCAUCUUGGUGGGGUCAAAGGAUUACCAGGUGAGGAGGCGAUUAGGGAGUGGAAGUCAGCACAAGGAGAUCCAAUGGUUAGGUGAGAGUUUUGCUCUGAGACACUUCCAUGGGGACAUUGAAGCAUUAGUUCCUGAGAUUUCCAAAGAAAUGUCUCUCUCACACCCCAAUGUAAUGCACAUCCAUUGCGGCUUUACUGACGAGGAAAAGAAAGAGUGUUUUCUGGUAAUGGAGCUAAUGAAUAGAGAUCUCUCAAUUUACAUCAAGGAGAUUUGUGGCCCAAGGAAACAACGAAUUCCUUUCUCUCUUCCUGUUGCAGUUGAUCUGAUGCUUCAGAUUGCAAGAGGGAUGGAAUAUCUCCAUUCGAAAGAAAUAUAUCAUGGAGAUUUGAAUCCUUCUAACAUCCUUGUAAAACCAAGAAACGUCUCCACAGAAGGGUACCUACACGCAAAACUUUCUGGAUUCGGCCUAUCAUCCUCCAUUAAUCUCACCCAAAAGACAUCUCCAAAUCAGAAUGGGACAAUGCCUUUUAUUUGGCAUGCUCCGGAAAUUUUAGCAGAGCAAGAACAUUUGGGAAGCAUAGGAAAUUGUAGAUAUACGGCAAAGGCUGAUGUGUAUAGCUUUGGGAUGAUAUGCUUUGAGCUUUUAACAGGGAAAGUGCCUUUUGAGGAUAGUCACCUUCAAGGAGAUAAGAUGAGCCGGAAUAUUAGGACAGGAGAGAGGCCACUGUUCCCAUUCCCUUCGCCAAAAUAUCUGACUAGCUUGACAAAAAAAUGUUGGCACACUGACCCAAAUCAAAGGCCAAGUUUCUCAUCCAUUUGUAGGAUUCUCAGAUAUAUUAAGAGGUUCUUGGUGAUGAACUACGAACUCAACCAUCCAGACCCACCAAUGCCGAUGGUAGAUUACAUUGACAUUGAGGCGGGCCUUUUAAAGAACUUUUCCAUGUGGGGGAGUUCGGACAUGUUGCCGAUAUGGCAAAUCCCAUUCCAGAUGUUUGCUUAUAGAGUUGUGGAGAAAGAGAGAACAAGCACAUGUCAAAAAGAUACCUCUGAAUCAGGUAGUGAUGGAGCCUCAGCUUGUGGGGAUGAGAAUAUGAGUGCGGACGACCCAUUUUCGACAGUGAGCGAAAGGAAGUCUUUAGUCUCUCCUGAAACUUUGAACAGGAAACUAUCCGCAUUGAAGAAAUCUACAGAUGUCAAAGCCAACAAACAGCCAGGGACACCAAAAGGACGGUCAUUAAAGCCUCCACAACUGUCUACUUGUGGACGCAGUAUAAGAACGAAUUCUGAUGGGCAGCUACUGUCCUUGAGUCCGAAACCACGACGAAAAUCAGGCCAUGCCUCAGAUUCUGAGCUACCAUAGGCCCCCAUAACUAUGACUUACCUCCAUAAGAUAUUUGCCCCCACCCAAAACAGAUCUUCCCAUUUAGUUUCCGAUUAUGGAUAGCCCCAGUAUGUGGGAGGCUUGCUUGCUGGGUACCACCUUUUUGUAACAUCGGCAGGCUAUUUCUGCCACAACUUUAGCCGAGUUAUUUAAGCUGAAUUACAACAAGAAAUUACCUUUCACGAUGUUUCUUUAUAACAAGGGAUAAUAGUCUACAAUUUUCUCUUCAAGUGUUUGUACACAAGAAGGAUGGAUCAUGGCUAUUUCAAUAAAUCUACCGUUUCUCACAGUUGAACAAUUUUCUGUUUUUAAGAGAGUAAAUCCAUGCCCGAGCCUAUGAAUACACGAGAAUCGCCAUUAAGUACAAAAUUAAAGCCCUUACUAACCUUUUGUAAAUCAAUAAUCUAGAAAAGUUCAAGCAAAACUAAUAAACACAAAAAUAAUUUGAAUAAAGAAAAAAUAAAAUGAAGGCAAAUAGACAUUUAUAGGGAAACUACCCCUUACUGUCACUGUUCAGAAACUCACAAACUGAACUUGAAUAAGCAUCGUCCAAUUAAAGAUAGUGGUCUUACCAACAUAGAACAAUACAACUUGGGGCCAACUCACAAACUGACCAUGAAAAUGUGUGCGCAAGCCGGCCCGGGACAAUCUGCAUUAUC